GUGGUGGUGGUGGAGGGCUCUCCGAGAUGAGCAGGUUGUACGGGAUACGGUCCCUCGCCGAGGCGCGCGCGUAUCUGGCCCACGAGGUGCUGGGCGCCCGGCUGCGCGAGAUUACGCGCGUCGUGCUGGAUUCAGAAGUUGAAGACGUCGAGGAGUUGAUGGGUGGCGAGACGGAUCGGGACAAGUUGUUGAGCUGCAUGACUUUGUUUGCAAGGGCUGCUGGUGAGAAUGACGGUUAUGGUGAUGGCGAGGGUGGUGCAAGUCAGAGAUUGGAAGAUGCCGACGACAAUGCCGGCCCGGGACGAAGAGCCUCAAUCAGCAACGAGUCCGACAGCAACAACGACAACGUCUUCGCUGCAGUGCUGGAAAAGUACUUUGAUGGCAAGGGCGAUGUUGUUACGGAACAAGCACUCGACGAGGAGGUCCUGUAGCUUUCCGUCGUCGUCAGCAUCUGGCAAUUCACUCUACGGUUUAGGUGCUUUUUGCGACGGCAAGCGUCAACUAUCAUUAGCGACACCAUGCAUAGAUGUCCUCCUUCCAUUACAGUGUCUGGCGGUACAAGCACACAUUGGCAUUUAUCCGAGUUCGGGAUCGAGCGAGCCGUGUAGUUGAACCUCAGGCGAUUUACCACGUACACGGCCGAUUUGACUUUCUUCUUGCCAGGACAACGUCUCUGCUCACGCUAUUUCAAAUCCUCGGCCGAAAUGAAGAAUCAUGACAAGCAAGAGGCAAAAGCUUAUAUUACUCAGAUGCCCAAGUUGUCAUAACGCAUUCUUACAUAAGUCAUGUGAGUGACGCAUGUGACCGCCGAGGGCCCUAUCCUACAUCAGACGAUCC